CCCGGGAACGGGAAGAACGGCUCGCCAGAACAGCUGGGCCAGAUUUGUUUGCGAAGCACAGUUAAAGCCAAGUCGCAGACCGGUUUUGGCCGACAAACAAGACAGAAGAAAGAAGAAAGGUUAAAGAAGAAAGGGGAAAGGAGAAAGGGGGAAGAAGAAAGAUCUAGUGGCGAAAGAGAAAGCAUUCUGCAGCGGCUGCUCUUGGUAUUUGGUAUUUGUUGACGUGUGCAGCAGGCUGGGAAAUGUCCAGAUUUUAAUCCAACCACAACUGGAACCCCUGAGAUCAUGGCAGCAAGUGUGGUAAAGACUCCCAAGUGUCCGAGAAGAGGAUCCGCCAGAGACCUGGCCAGAGCCACGGCGAGUGGAGGGCCCAAGUCGAGCAACGAGGCCAACUGGAACUGGUGGCUCCUCCUGGCCACCGUCUUCCUGGUGACCUUCGCCACGAGGUUCUACAAGGUGACCGAGCCGGAUCACAUAUGUUGGGACGAGACGCACUUCGGCAAGAUGGGCAGCUGGUACAUCAACAGGACCUUCUUCUUCGAUGUGCAUCCUCCGCUGGGAAAGAUGCUCAUCGGACUCUCCGGCUACCUGACGGGCUACAAUGGCACCUUUCCGUUCGAGAAGCCCGGCGACAAGUACAACGAGACCCGUUACCAGGGAAUGCGAUACUUCUGCACCACUUUGGGCGCUCUGAUCAUGCCCAUGGGCUUCGACACCGUCUACGAUCUGACCCGAUCCCACGAAGCCGCCUUGCUCGCAGCCGCUUACCUCGUUUUUGAUGUGGGCUUGCUCACCCUCAACCAGUACAUCCUGCUGGACCCCAUCCUGCUCUUCUUCAUGAUGGCCUCCGUGUGGGGCAUGGUGAAGGUGUCGCGGGCGACGGCCGAGGGCGGAUCGUACGGGUGGCGCUGGUGGGGCUGGCUCUUCCUCACCGGCACGAUGCUCUCCUGCACGAUCAGCGUGAAGUUCGUGGGCCUGUUCGUGGUGCUGCUGGUGGGGCUGCACACGGCCACCGAGCUGUGGCUCAUCCUGGGCGACCUGCGGCUGCCGGUGGCGGAGACCGCCAAGCAGCUGGCCUGCCGGGCGGUGGCCCUCAUCGCAUGGCCCGUGCUGCUCUACGUGCUCUUCUUCUACGUCCACCUGAGCGUGCUGAACCGCAGCGGGAAUGGCGACGGCUUCUACAGCUCCGCCUUCCAGUCGCGACUGAUCGGGAACUCGCUCUACAACGCCAGCAUGCCGCGCGACGUGGCCUACGGCUCGGUGGUGACCAUCAAGAACCACAAGACGGGCGGCGGCUAUUUGCACUCGCACCACCACCUCUACCCCAAGGAGGCGGGCUCGCGCCAGCAGCAGAUCACCACCUACACGCACAAGGACGAGAACAACCGGUGGCUCAUCAAGCCGCACAACAAGCAGCGCCUGCCGAAGGACAAGCUGCAGGUGCUCCGCCACGGGGACAUCGUCCGCCUGGAGCACGUGGCCACCCGGCGCAACCUGCAUUCGCACAACGAGCCCGCGCCCAUGACCAAGAAGCACCUCCAGGUGACUGGCUACGGCGAGAUGGGCGUGGGCGAUGCCAACGACGCCUGGCGCGUGAUGAUCGUGGGCGGGCGGGUCAACCAGACGGUGCACACGGUGACCUCGCGCCUCAAGCUCAUCCACCUGCUGCAGAACUGCGCCCUCACCUCGAGCGGCAAGCAGCUGCCCAAGUGGGGGUUCGAGCAGCAGGAGGUCUCCUGCAACCUCAACGUGCGCGACAAGAACGCGCAGUGGAACAUCGAGGACAACGAGCACAAGCAACUGCCCAGUGUGAGCUUCAGUGUGUACGCGCCCGGAUUCUUCGCCCGCUUCCUCGAGUCGCACGCCGUGAUGCUGCAGGGCAACGCCGGACUGAAGCCCAAGGAGGGCGAGGUCACCAGUCGCCCCUGGCAGUGGCCCAUCAACUACAGGGGACAGUUCUUCUCCGGGAGCGCCUACCGCAUCUACCUGCUGGGCAACCCGCUCAUUUGGUGGAGCAACCUGCUCUUCCUGGCCCUCUUCGUCGCCGUCUUCCUCUUCAACGCGGUGGUGCAGCAGAGGCGGGCUGGCCUGGCCCACUCCCAAUCCCACUCACAAUCCCACUCCCAAUCGCAAAUGGUGGCCCAGAGCGAGGAGAGCGAACCCUCGACCACGGACGUCUGCAGCUGCUGUCCCUCGCCGGAGGAGCUCCUCAAGGAGGCGCCUGCCAGUGGGUCGAGUGGGUCGGAUGGUCGGUGGGUCGAAUCUCCGGAGACCUCCCUGCGGGCGGCCGCCUGGCUCUUCGUGGGCUGGGUGCUCCACUACCUGCCCUUCUGGGCGAUGGGCCGGGUGCUCUACUUCCACCACUACUUCCCGGCCCUGAUCUUCAACUCCCUGCUCACGGGCGUCAUGUUCAACUACAUCGUGCGCAACCUGCCCAAGUGGAUCCAGCACGUCAUCCUGGGAGUGGUGCUCUCGGUCCUCGUCUACAGCUUCGCCCUCUUCUCGCCCCUGGCCUACGGGAUGAGUGGUCCGCUGGCCAACGAGCCCAACUCCACGAUGCACAGCCUCAAGUGGCUCUCCACCUGGGAGUUCUAGAGGUCCGUCGCUCCGGGGUUGUCCCCAUCAGAUGAUCCCUGCCCGAUUAGGGGAAGCCGAACUGCGAGGAGUGGAUGUGGGCCCCAACUGGGCCACCUUUUAUUAUUUAUGAGUAGAUGUAUAACGUAUAGCGUAUAGAAUAUGCCUAACCCUACUGA